UAAAUAACAAAACAAAAGUAGAGAACCGAUGUAGAUACUACACAUAAAUUAAACGUGGUUUGGCAACUGUCUAAAGCUUCAAGUACAGGAAGUUCCAGUGAUAAGAUUCAACCUUGGUGUUUAUCUCCAUGCACACAGUGACACAGCUGAUAGUUCAGUUGUUUUCAACCUUACGCUCAGUGUUGAUCAUUACUUAGUAUUCAAGAAGGUCUAGACCCUGGUAUUUAAUAUGGCGUUCAUACCAUGACAUGGAAUUACGUUAGUUGUUCAUUCGAAGAACAGAAAAUUAGCUUUCAUUUUAAGAUCAGGUAGUCAACACAGAAGAGGAAACUUUCUACCCAUCGUAUCUCGGUAUCAAGGAAGUGUACGAAUUUGCUGAACGUGAGAAGCGGCCCCAGUCAUCCUGUUUGCAAGGAAGAUCUCAACCUUCAUAUUGCCAACACUUGUUAAGAGGACUGUGAGGUGUUCUUCCCUGCAAAAAUUAAUUUCUAGGCAUGGUACAGAUUUAAAAUAAAAGCAAGUAAACCUCUCAAUGGAAAAUCAGUGAUGUAAUUCAAAUCAUAUCUCAGUACCAGUGUCUACAUUGAGUUAUGAUAACGGUCACAUAAAUCGGUAACUCCACGUGCAAUUGUGAAAGAUCUGGUUUUAUGCAAAUUUUACCACCGUUUUUACAAGCCAACCUGCAGUUUUAGCAAAUUGAUCUGUGUAAGUUUUAUGGCGUAGGUUAUGGCAGCUAAAUAUCCGUUUUCGAAGGAAACCUAUAAUGGGUUUCUUUUGAGAAUGAUCUUAGACGAGGUGGGAUCUAAGCUAUUGAGAGAGAUCCAUGAGCUUGCUUGUAAACAAGAAGGCAUAACUAACCCUUUGAAUCCUGAGAAUGAUAUAAACAAUUGGAUUAGUCAUUUGAAAGAUCUAUCAACUGAUGAUUAUUCCUCUUGUGAAGGCUUGGGGAUAGACAACAGGCUUCGUCGCCUCUCAUCAGAAAUUGAAAUAUUAAAGAAGGACAACUCUCUGUAUAAAACCAAGAUAGAAGGAAUCAAGAAUCUCAUUCAAGAAUUAAAGAAGUUUGUAAGCAAAAGAUUUUGCGAUGUUGGUGAAGAGUUUAAGAGUCUGGGCCAGAGCAUGGACAAAUGGUUUGAGAAUCCUUUCAGUUUUAAUGAGAACAAAUUUAAGGAAUCAUUUGACAUCUGCGAGAAGAAACGAUGCAAGAUUUUUGCCGGGUGGGGAACCAACGGUACGUUAGAAUGGUGUCUGCAAAAACUCAAAGAUAUUAGGAAUGAUGAAGUUUGUCACAAAGAACUGUGGGUUCCAGAGAGUGAAAGUGAAAGAAUCAUCAAUGAUAUUGCGCACUAUAUCCAUGAAUCAUGGAUGCUAGCUACAACACGAUUUUCCCUCGGGGAGGAUUUAGUACAAAACAGACUUAAAAUUUUGAAUGGAGACAUUGAAAGGCUGAGAACUGAACCUUUGAACGUUACUGAAGAGGAAUUCUACAAAUUUGUUCUGAAUUUUGGGAAACGAGAGUCCUUUGAGGUGCUGGAAACUCUGAGUUACGUAGUCUUGAGUCCCAGCAAACGGGUCAAAGUCUCUGAGAUUUUCAACUGUCCCGAGAUACUGAGUCUUCCUGAUGGAGAUAUAAUUUCGUUUGAGAGUUUAUUUGCCGAGAUGGAAACCACUCUCAUACAGGGAGUAUCUGGAAUGGGUAAAUUAACAUUGCUGAAAUUUAUAGUCUAUGAAUGGCUCUCCUCCAAAACUGACGCACAAAGUUACGGUGGUGGUUAUGACAUAAUCAUUCCAAUAAAUUUUCGAGGAUGCUCGGAACGUUUGUCUGAUUCCCUGAGUGGGGUCAUUCGUUCCUAUUUGCCAAAAACCUUUAAGAAAUUCCAAGGAGAAAAGGAAAUGAUGGAUUGGAUUCUGAAGGUCAAGGCUCUAAUUGUUUUCAAUAGACUAGAUUUAAGAAAUCCCAGUUGCAAGAAACUUUUUGAUGAUAUUCAAGAUCUGAACAAAGUGGGGAACUUCAAUAUUAUCUGUACUGCUAACCCAGGGAAAAUGACCGAGGAUUUACAAAGUAUGUUUACGAAACAUUUAGAAAUAAGAGGCUUACCUGAAAAAAACAUGGAGGAUCUUUUUAAGAAGUACCAAUCAGCUGUAUAUGACGUAGUUGACGAACAUUCUUUAUCUUUCUUCAGAAUGAUGUUCCCUUUCGUAAAAGAUCAGUUUAGACUGCCACUCAACAUGGCCUACUUUUCAUUAAAUCUAGCAACUUAUUCGACGUCAGUGAACUGUCAUACUACGAUAUACGACACUCUUCACAGUUUCUACGAAAUUAAGAGAGAAAGGUUGAUUAUGAAACUGGUUCAAGAUCUCUUACUAUCUCAAGUGAGCAAGACCUCGCUGCAAGAAAAGGUAUCAAAAAUCAUGCUAUCUCUGAAGGAGGAGGCUUUUGAAAGGUUGAAAAUGCAAAGCUUGCGGUUGAGUGAUGCUGCAAUGCAGAGACUGGGCGGACUGUGUGAACGUCUAGAACUGCCUGUGGAAGAGAUACUCUGCGCCUUUCUUGCACCGGAAACCUGUACUGAGGACGAAGAGAGCACGAUUAAAUGGCAUUUCCCUAACAAGGAGCAGCAAAGGUUCUUAGCUGCCCUCCACGUCCAUGAUCUAAUUUCAGGAAAGCAUAAACUCGAGAGUGUCACACUUAUUCAUACUGACAUGAUAAAGUAUUUCAUUAAGUACCAGGUGCCUUGUCACAGGUUUUCAAGUAUUCUAAAUUCGACGUUAGAGACACUCACCAAAAUGUAUUCCCACUCACUCUCAGAAGCAUUACACAAUCUGAGGAUAUCGAGUCGGCAUGAAUAUCAAUAUUUGCUUGUUAUUUUAAUUGGGAUUUACCAUAGAGCUGGGGACGCUGUAAGUGAGAGCACGGUUAGUGAGACCGUCAAUCUGUUAUUGGAGUCUGGUAACCUUAACAAAGAUAUCUGGGCAAGGAUCUUCAAUAACAUCUAUUUCGAUGAAAACUCCUUGAAGAUGAUAUAUCAGAAUCCCAGAGUUGUCAAAGGAAUAACAGAAUGCCACAUGACCAAGACUAGUUACAAGGAAAUAUUACUUUAUGGCAAAUGGUUCAGAGGAAGCUGUCUACCUGAGACAGAGGUUACUGAUCCCCAGAAAAACUUGUCUGAAACUUCAGGUUUGAAAGAACUACUGAUAGUUCUCAUCAGACGCCAAUAUAAUAUUGACCAGAUCCUGGAUUACCUUUACUAUCACCCAGGAUUUCCUCUUGGUAACGCCUACUUACAGGAGCUUAUAAUGAAGCGAUUGGCUGAUAGAAGUCUAAGAAACUACAAGGGUCCAAUCUUUCCAGAGGCAAAGAUUCCAGGAAAUGUUAAAAACCUGUCUGUUAGUAUUGGUUGCUCCAAGUCAUUAACACCACUCAAAUGCUUCUUAGAAUCUCCUCAUGACGUAAAAUAUAUUGAAAUCUGCAUGAAUGUAGAGACGAUAGAUCCCUCUUGCCUGAAAUGCUUGGCCUGCCCUUCAGCUAGCCUCUUUCUGCUGUACUUACCUGAUGUCAAAAACAGCACUGUGACAAAGGCUUUAGAUAUCACCUGCAAAUUACAGCCACUGGAUAUAUGCAUGCGAAUUAACUUCCCAAGGUGCAAACUAGGCGACAAGGACUUUGGAAAACUUCUUGAAGGACUAGGGAAGCAAAAGAGUAAAAGGCCACGUGAAGUGUACUUCCCUUCAUGCUACAAGAAAACAGAAAGAAAGCCUAGAAGGAAGAGUCUAGAGAACCAGUACAACGUCCUAUUCCAUUUCACAGAUUUUCAGUACUGGGGAUCGGACGAGGUGGUUUGAACACUCAAGAGACGACAUACGAAGUGACGUUGUGAUCGCACUCCAUAGCGAGUUUAGCGCCACAGUGGCGGGGUUGGUUUGGUGUUUGCUUCUCACCUCGGUGGUCGCGGGUUCGAUUCUCGGCCAUUCCAUUGAGGAGUGAGAGAUGCGCUAGAAGUUCACUCUCGACGUGGUUCGGAAGUCACGUAAAGCCGUUGGUCCCGUUGCUGAAUAACCACUGGUUUCAUGCAACGUAAAAACACCGUACAAACAUAGCGAGUAUACAUAGCAAACGAAGCCAUAAAAACUAAUAAGACAGUUGGUUUUAUUGUUAUUUGAAUUUGGUCACUUUCAAUCAGUGAGUGAGUUAAUUUUUACACAUGUAAUUACUCUUUUAUGUUAUAGCAUCUACUGUCAGCAGUAUAAGUUCAUAUACUAUUGUCAUCAAGAACGUCCUAUUUAAUUUCCGUAAGUUUACUGUCAGUAUUAUAUAUUCAUUUAUUAUUACGUCAUCCUGAGUCCCUUCUUUAAUUUCUGUAACUAUUUUCAUCAAGCUCCAACUACCUUCGUGUUCAUCUUAUGGUCCCCCUACACGGUAGUCAAUAUUGACCUAUAUACAACCGGUAUUGUCAAAACCAUUGAACGCCUAGGGAAAAGGUUAAAGGGUCGUUCAUUAGUACUGAAACAAUGUAAGUUGACAAUAGCAAGUCUCUCGUUUGUGGGUGGUAUUGACAUUAAAACCACACUUUUCACAUCAACGCGGAGCUAGCCAAGUUCCAAAGAAUCAGGGAAGUGUUUAUUAGAGAAUGGAUUCGCCUAUACAAAGGGAUGCCAGUCCUCUGGAAGGUGAAAGCAGAGGGGUAUGGCAACAUAAAUAAGAAACGGGAGGACUAUGCAUUAUUGCUGGGGAAAUACAGAGGGAAAUACUCAAAUGCUGCCCCACAAGAUGCAGAGAAGCAUAAUUCGCUGAGAACAAACUUUUGCAAAGAACUGAUGAGGGAGUCGAAGAGGUCUGGCUCAGACCCUGAUGAAGUCUGUGAAACUCCUGCAGAGUCGAUUAAUACCAUAAUGAUAAUGAGGAUUCUGCUUCACAAUUCAUCAUGAUUCUGUAGCGGAUACUGCCUACUAACUCGUGAUGAUACAGCAAAGAUACUGUUUUCAUAAUUCAUGAUUCUAUAGCAGAAUUCUGACUUCACAACUCAUCAUGAUUCAGUAGCAGAUACUGACUACAUAACUCGUGAUGAUACAGCAAAGAUACUGACUUCAUAAUUCUAUAGCAGGAUUCUGACUUCACAACUCAUCACGAUUUAGUAGCAGAUACUGACUUCAUAACUCAUGAUGAUACAGCAUAGAUUCUGACUUCAUUAUUCAUGAUGAUACAACAAGGAUUCUGACUUCAUAACGCAUGAUGGUACAGCAAGGAUUCUGACUUCAUAAUUCAUUAUUUUAGAGCAGGGAUCGUGACUUUAUAAAUUCAUGAUUAUGUACCAAGGAUUCUGACUUCAUAAUUCAUCAUGCUUAAAUAGUUAUAUAAAUAUAGCUACUGUUUUGACGGGAUGACAACAUAUGAAAGAAUAUAUAAAAAUGAAAACUUGUACCAGUUGUUCAUUCAACGACGCUUUCUCUGGGUUUUCUUUAAGCAAAACGAGGCUAACCAUAGGAGCAGUAUCCAACAUGAUGCUUAUAUGAAGUCUAUUAGAAAACUAGAUAUUGACCAUAAAAGUGAAUGGUCUGAGGGCAAAAGAUUGACUCAAUAAGAAUCGAGACUAUUAUAUUGACGUCAAUAAUAUGUAACGUGUAGUGGUAGGUACUCUAAUUAGACCGAUUUUCUGCUUUUGUUUUGUAACGUGUUUCUUAUCUUAUAAUUUUGCCCUUUCCAUUUACGUUCGUUUUACAUUACUCGUUAUUCUUUGUUCUUAUAUUUUGUAGUUUAUUGUUAUUUACGUGUACCUACCUACUAUUCAUUGCAUUCAAAACUUGUUUUACUGUGAAAUUUAAUUUAGUCUGCUAUUUUAUGUAUAUUUACUGUUAAUUUUUAUUUCUCUUGUAUCUUUAUUGCCACCUUAAACCUGUAAAACAAAUGAUAGAGAAAUAAAAAUUCAAGUGUAAAUGAUUUUUUCACGAACCCCACGGUAGAUUAGUACGUACAGCCCAUUAAAUUGA